GUUUCCAACUGUCGGAUCGAGCGGACGUAAAAGAUGUCGCGCGUCAGGUCUUUUGAUCGCGAACCAAAGAAAAUAAACUCAAUGAAAACGAAAGUGUUUAUUCUGUCACUAAUUUAAUUGACAAUCUGCUUAAAUAAAGUGAAUUACAUAUUUAAGAAAAUCAAAACCAAUGUGUGAAACUUUACGUCAAAGCUCAGUGAACCCGGAAAAAUCAUUUUAUAUAUAGUGUAAAGUGGUGCGUACGCGAACGCUUAUCGAACGGAUGCCCAUUGGCCAUGUAGAUGAACCCAGACCAAGUGAAACUUUUGACUUGUGACACACUCAUUUCCUUUGGCCGCAACGUCUUAUCAGUGUGCACAAAAUGCACUCGACAUAUUCAGAAUAAAGUACAAGAAGACCAGUGCAUAAAUCAGUGAGCAAAAACCCAGUCAAAACAACGAUAAAAAUGCGCCCGAGUGGCUGUGGAAUUCUGCUGCUCCUUCUGCCCCUUGGUGUGGUGAGUGCCGUCCGCCAGUUGGAGGAAAACCAGAGCACCAAGAACGGUCACCUGCAUUCCGGGGAGCGACAGGUGCGACGACGUAACAACAAGAGCAAUGCCUCCGCGGAUCAUCAUCGUCACUUGGUCGGGGGACCCAAGAAAAACAGUCGAAGGCCAUCUUCCGUCAGCCUGGAGUCGGAUGACUACGACUGGCUGGAUGCGGAUACCAGUGAGGCGAUCGAUAGCUCCGAAACCACUGCUGCGGAAUCUGUGAAAUCGUCCGGAGAAUCACAUGAUAUCUUCACAUGUUGCAAUCAGGUCUUCGGCUCUUGUCGCACAGCAUGCGAAAACUUAUCUCUGGUAGAGUUUGCCACUGGCGCUGGCAACGAUAAUCGCGAGGAACUGCGCAAAUAUUGUCAACUGCACCAGGUGGAAUUCUGGACCUGCGUCAACCAGACUUACGAUGCGGUCACCCGCGGAGCGGACUGGUCGGGCAGGCGUUGCUGCCAAUUUGGAGUCCUGCCACAUUGCCGCAACGUCUGCGCCACAUCGAAUCGCUCGCCGGUGCAAAAUUGUCGCCGCAGCGACGAACAAACGCUCUACGACUGCCUGGAGCGCCAAGAGGCAGCGGACCAGUGCUGCGGCCAAGCCCGCACCUCCGAGUGUCUGGAGGCCUGUCGAGCCGUUUUUGAACCUGCGAAUGACAACCAUGACCAUGUGGACAUCAACGGAGCCUGUGGAGAUCGCAAUUCCGAUGUGAUUCAGUGCAUAAACAACAACACGGACAUGACUCCACUGGCGAAUGCGGAGCAAUAUAUCCCCUGCUGCGAGUACAGCAACAAGGAGCAUUGUCGGCAUACCUGCCGGAAAAUCCUUCACCAGAAUGCAACUUUAAUGGAACGGAGUGAGGUGAUCUUCUCGCGCCUAGAGGCAGCAGGAUGUGGCUCUCCCUUGCCCCAACUUCCCUUUUGGCAGUGCUUCCUCACGGUGACGGGAAAACUAUAUGUUCCGGGAGGAUCGGGAGGACCGGGGGGAUCCCUGUCCCAAGGCCACUUUUCUGGCAAAGGAGGAUCGCUGGGGGAACCCAACCAUCUGGGAAUGGAUGCGGCCAAAAGACAGUGCUGCGACCAAGCUGGCAGCCACAAGUGCCGAAGACUGUGCAACCAGAUCUUUGCCAGCAACUGGUGGGAUGCACGAUCUAGUUUCGAAAACGAGUGCAUGGAUCAGCCAGGAGAAAGGGAACUGCGACGGUGCAUAGAAAGUGUGGAUGCACCCUGCGAGCUGGGCUGUCAGGGUCUAAGUUUCUGCUCCAACUUUAAUAAUCGACCCACGGAGCUAUUCCGCAGCUGUACGCCAGAGCAUGAUGCAGCUGCUCGAGAGGACUUGCAGCUGCUGCAGCAGAGGGGAACCGUAAGGGUGCUGGGCCAGGAGCUCUUCAUCAAGAACACCAGUCGGUGUGCUCCGGAAAAGUGGCAGGCGUUGGUGUGCGCCCUGCAAUUGAAGCCCUGUACGCGAGUGGGUCUCUUCAAUGGCAUUUGCAGUGAGGAUUGCCACGAGCUCCUGGACGAGUGUCUGGACUGGACGCGGCAGCACCAGCGACCGAAGGACAUAUGCUCUGGGCUAAAGGAAAAGGACGAGGAUGCUCCUCUGCCAUGUAUUUCCCUAGGGAGCUAUCUGAAUCCCGGGACUGCCAAUCCAGAGGAGUCCCAAGGAAUCACCUCGCCCUGCUCCAAGAAACCCUGCAAUGGCAGCGAGGUUUGCAUCCUGCAGCGUGGAGGCAAUCAAGGCUACUCCUGCAUUCCAGGCUGCAAUUUGGGACAGGACUCCAAGCUGUUUGUGCCCUUUGGGUCGUAUGUGCGACUGGGAAAGAGCAAUCUCCACAGGAAGGUGGAAGUGGGUCAGCUUCCUCUGGCCGAGCACAUAGUCUGCUCGUGUGGAUUGCAGGGACGCCUGGAGCAGUGUCAGCCCCUGCCCAGCUACAUGCAUGCGAACUGCAUCCUUCCCGGAGCCAGGAGCUACCCGCAUGGCUCCUCUUUCUACCUGGAAUGUAACCUUUGCAGUUGCUUCGCCGGGGAGAUCACUUGCACCAAGCAGCAGUGUCGCCUGCCGGGAUUCGCGGACUCUGGAUACACCAGUCUCCCCUGCAACUGUCCGGCACACUACGUUCCCGUUUGCGGCUCCAACGGGAAUACCUAUCCCUCGGCCUGCGUGGCCAAGUGCCAUUUGCCGGAGGGCGACUACGUCUACGGCGCCUGCAAUGCCCGGAACGCUUGCCAGGCAGCUCCCCCGAAUAGUUGCCCCCUUGGAACGCAGUGUCUGGACAACAGGAAGGUGUGCCUGGCCAGCAUGCAGCGGCCCUGUCUGCAAUAUGUGUGUGUGAACGCCACCGCUUCGAACUGUUCUUCGUUUCACCAGGGUGAGGUAUGUGAUAUCCAAGGACGCACUCAUCCCAAUGCCUGUGCCCUGCUGAAGGCCAAUCCUCAGGGCCAAGUGGCCUAUUGGUCAGCGUGUCAAUCGAAUCGCUAUGCAGCCUCGCCUUCACCAGUCUGUGGAAUCAAUGGAGUGACCUACAAGAGUAGUUAUGCGGCCAGGGCUGAAUACGUGAUGGUCGAUUAUAUAGGUCGAUGUCGGGAGGUGGGAUUGCUAGCCAGCGAUAUGGGUCGACGCUGUCGAACUGUCCAGUGUCCGGCUCCCGCAUCCAAGCACUGUCGCUUGAUAGUCCCGCCAGGAGCAUGUUGCCCCUUGUGCGCUGGUGGCGCCUUCAGGAUCAUUUACUCCAGGAAGCAGUUCGAUCGGGCCAUGUACGGACUGAGGGCUCAGGGCAGCUCCCUUUUGACCCUGCAUGGGGUGCUUCAACAACUCGAUGGACUGGUACAGGUCAGCGAAUGCCAGCUGACCGGAUUCCUCACCAUGGAAGUUGGCAUCUUUGUGGCCGUAGUGCCCUCUAGUAGGAUCAAGAGACCCACUCGCCUUCAAUUGGAGGCCUGCACCCGCGAGGCAGAAAAGAUAUCCUCCCUGAUCAACGCCCAAUCACCGAGGAUCACCACCAAUCUGGCCCUUUCCUGUUUGACGGUGUCACAUCUACUAGAACCCACACCAAAUGGAGCAAAAUCUUAUGGUUCCCACACCACUUGGAUACUCCCCCUACUUCUGUUAGCUUUUAGGUUAAUUAUAGUUUAAGUUAGCCCUAGGAGGAGUGUGUAUCAUCUGACUCAAUCAAGUGAAUUCUUGGUGCCAAUUAAUCUGUUAGUCUAAGGAGAUGGAAAGUGCCUUCAACUGUUAGGAAUUGACCCUCUUUACCAUGUGAUAUUAGCUAAUUACUCGUUAAGCUUUUAGUGACAGAUCCCAAAUGAGAUAUGUCUUUUGAUAGUUAUUAAUAAGUUUAUGCCAGGGACCGUCAGCCAAUAAUACUUUGGGUUUUUAGUUAAAGUCGACUACGUUAAAUCUGUUUUGAAACUAUUUUUAAACGCAUACUUUUCAAGACAUUUUUAGUUAUAAAUUAUAGUUUUAAUAGGGUGUAUUCUAU